AUGGAAGAAGAUAAGAGCCAAGAAGAAAGUGGAAAAGAAGUAGCUACAGAAGAAGAAGAAGAUGAAAAAAAAGCAGUAGCAGAUGAAGAAGAAGAAAAAGAAGAAGCUGAGGAAGAAAAGGAAGCUGAAGAAGCAGCAGCUGCUGCAGCUACUAAAAAAGAAGGAGAACAAGGUGAGAAUGAAGCAGUAGCUGGAACUGUUGAGAAAAAAAGAGAUGAAGCUGAAGAUGGAAAGGAAGAAGCAGACCAAAUAGAUGUGGUCAUGGAUAUCGUUGAUGAAAUCAACAGUAACAUUUGUGUUGAUGUGGAACAUAGGGAAAAAGACAUUUGA